GGUAUCUUCAGGCCUCGAAACGAUACACGUGUCUGAAGAUGUGCUAGGCAGCAGAUUGUUUCAGUUCGUUCACAUUUCUCUUGAGGUAUCCAUACCCAAAUCAUAACACUUCUGUCCCUGCUGCGAAGUUGGACUAUUACGACGCCAGCUGUAGCUCGGAAUGACGAAACUCGACGAAUACAAGAACCAGUAUGAGAACUUCCGGUUCGAACGGACGGACGACGGCAUUCUCACAAUCACUCUCCACAGCAAUGGCAGCGACCUGAUUUGGGGAAUGAAACCCGACGCCGCACUCGGAAAGGUCUACGUCGACAUCGCGAACGAUACAGAGAACAAAGUGAUCAUCCUCACGGGAGCCGGCGACACUUUCAUCCAUUACGAAGACCUCGGAUCAGAAGCAACGAUCCCGACCGACGUUUGGGGCUCUUACGUGCUACCAUUUGCGCUGGGGUUAAUCCAUAAUCAGCUGGAGAUCGAUAUCCCCAUGAUCGCCGCCGUUAAUGGGCCGGCCACGGUUCACGCAGAACAAGCCCUGCUCUGCGACAUUGUCCUAGCUUCCGACACGGCUGCGUUUGGAGACCAGCCACACUUUCCGAACGGCCUGGUGCCGGGAGAUGGCGUGCAAGUGAUCUGGCCGAUGCUGAUCGGCAUGAAUCGAGCCAGAUAUCUGAUGUACACAGGUCAGAUUCUGGACGCCCGUGAGGCCAAAAAUCUGGGUCUGGUGAGCGAGGUUCUCUCCAGGGAUGCUUUGCUUCCUCGAGCUCACGAAAUCGCUCGCCAACUGCUUCAAACUCCAGAGCUGACCCGCCGGCUUAGCCGUCGAGCGUUUAAUGCUGUCAUCAAACAGCAGCUGGCGAAUACACUGCCGUAUGGACUCGCCUUGGAAGGCCUCGGGGCGGCGCAUUAUUGGCCCCGCACCUUCAAGGAUGCCAAACUGCCCCCGAGUGCACAGCUGCCCCCGCGGGAACAGUAG